AUGUGGCAGGUGCCAGCCAUGAAUUUCGGUUUCACUCAGGAGCAAGUGGCGUGCGUGUGCGAAGUUCUGCAGCAAGGGGGCAACAUCGAGCGCUUGGGCCGUUUCCUCUGGUCGCUGCCGGCCUGUGACCACCUGCACAAGAACGAGAGUGUCCUGAAAGCCAAGGCAGUGGUGGCUUUCCACAGGGGAAACUUCCGGGAGCUCUACAAGGUCCUAGAGAGCUGCCAGUUCUCGCCACACAACCACCCCAAGCUGCAGCAACUGUGGCUCAAGGCCCACUACAUCGAAGCAGAGAAGCUGCGGGGAAGGCCGCUGGGAGCCGUAGGAAAAUACAGGGUGCGGCGCAAAUUCCCCCUGCCCCGGACCAUCUGGGAUGGAGAAGAAACCAGCUACUGUUUCAAGGAGAAAUCCCGGAGUGUGUUACGGGAGUGGUACAUCCACAACCCCUACCCUUCUCCUCGUGAGAAGAGGGAAUUGGCGGAGGCCACUGGCCUGACCACCACCCAGGUCAGCAACUGGUUCAAGAACAGGCGCCAGAGGGAUCGUGCGGCCGAAACCAAGGAGAGGGAGAGCGGCGAGGGUGGCACUUUGAAGGAAGGCAGGGGCCUGCCACGAGAGAGACACAUCAUUCCCAGCUCUGAUGAUGAGAGCUCGCCCAUUGAUAGCCCUCCAGCUCACACAUCCUGUCCUUCGCUGCUCUACCCUGGCUUGGCACUCUCUGCUCCACACGGAAAUGCCACUCACAGUGCCCAAAGGGUGGAUUUUCUGCAGCACCAGCCACUCCACAACAGCCUCCUGGGCCCCCUCACUUCCACCUUUGUGGAUAUGGGAUCCUGA